AUGCAAGUUGUUUCCAUGGUAACUUUGUUGCGGUCCGCCCAUGCUGGCGUGACGCUAACCUUGCUAUGGUUAAAGAACACCUAAAAUUACGAUAAUGGUGAUGACAAUUUAGAAAAUUAUUCGUUCGUUUGGUGUUUAUAUUUUAACUGUCACUCUAUGUAAAUCCAUCCUUUUUUUUGCUUUAUGGACUUGAAGAUCAAUCAGUGUUUGUAUUUUUACAUCUGAUUGCAGUUUGUAGUUUUUGAUCUUGUUUUCUGCAGUCUGGCGGUCGGAACAUGUUUGGAUCUCCAGUGGACUUUUCAUUUAAGGAGCUCAGCACAAUCCCAGACAUUCUUUGUGUUGUGCCUAAUCCAGGCGCUCGUCCACUAAAGCGUGACUCGGAGCAGAAGUUCCUCAGUCGGACGCUCAGACUCAACAACAACUUCAUCUCAGACUUUUUAGGACUGACGGACACAAUCUCUGCUCUGUUUGCCGAGCCGACACGUCUGGCCUGGCUCGACCUCUCCUUCAACGAGAUUCAACACAUCGACCCAGUCCUCACUCAACUUAAAGAGUUACGUUUGUUGUAUCUCCAUGGAAAUCGUAUUUGUAAGUUGUCAGAAGUGGAUAAACUUGCUGUGCUUCCGUCGCUCCAUACCAUCACUCUGCACGGCAACCCCAUAGUGACCGAGCCUGACUACAGGGCACAUUUGAUCGCCACCCUUCCUCACGUGAAGAUGAUCGAUUUCAGUGCUGUGACCAAACAGGAACGGCAGUUGACUUCAGUUUGGCAAAGGGGCAGAAACCUACGCAAAUCCACAGGUCACAGCAAAGUGGACUGAACCUUCCUCAUCCGACACCCUGUCAUGUAACACAUGGCUUGUCUUUAUGUCUAAUAAACCUGAAUGUUUAUUAGCAACGGUUUAUUCUACCGCAAUGAAGUUGCCUUUACCACAGCCUCGUUAAAACGGUUACAGAGCUGGAGUUACUUUAGUCAACUAGAGUGUUUCUUCAUUAGUUGUUGAUGAAGCCACAUGGAUAAGUGGUGAAACAUCUUAAGCAACAGAGAAACGUCCACUAAAGCAGUCUAAAAAAGUGAGAAUCUUCACAAAAGAUUUGAGUGUUGACAUGCAAGACGAUGAACAAAAUUUCCACUCACCACUAUUGUAUGUCUGCACAUUCAGUAAAAUAAAGCAACACUUUAUAAUUUUGAAAGUCUUUAAUGCAUAAUUUCAUUCAACAAAACAGUAUUAACAGAAUAUUGAGAUUAAAUUUUUGGUACUAGCCUAAGAAACGUUAUCUCUGUAAAUCAGGUAGUAUUCCACAUUUAGGUAACAAACAAACAAACUUGAACACUAUUAGUACACUGCAACAAAAAAAAAAAACAACAACAAAAGAAA